GCCUGGGGACAGACGCCAGGAUCCUGCCUUCCGGAGCAGACGGGACCGGCCUUCGGGCGUGCCGCGGCCCAAGCCACCCUGUGGGGCGGGGAGACGCUCCGAGCCCCGAGUACAUCCGGCAGGACCCUGCCCGCGGCACCUGGGGGCUCCCUGCUGCUCUCCGGGGGGGGAGCCGCCUUCAGCCCCCCUCGCGGGAGUGGAGGUUUCGCCGCGCAGGCGCUUAGUUUUCACCACCCGACCAGAUAAUAAAAAUGUCAGCACCAUCAAUGGAGGAAAGGAAGGCUUGCUGGGGAGCCAGGGAUGAAUACUGGAAAUGCUUAGAUGAAAAUAUGGAAGAUGCAUCUAGGUGUCAGAAGCUUAGAUGUUCUUUUGAAUCUAGGUGUCCACAGCAAUGGGUAAAAUACUUUGACAAAAGAAGAGACUUUUUAAAAUACAAAGAACAGCUUCAAGCAGCAGAAUAUCAGCCUCCUGGAGCUACUGAAAAGUCAUAGCCACGCAUCAAUUUAUUGAAACACAAUCAAUGAAAAUAAUCUUACGGAAGAGUAAUCUUAUGGAAGAGAAGUACUGAAAUAGGACAAGAACUCCUUGAGUUAAACCUAACUGGUAACCUGUACUGUAUUGCUAGAAAUUCAUGCUGCUUUCCUUGUUGCAAUGUCUCGCUUUUAUGCGAGAACAGUAAUUAAAAGAAAAAGACAGUGACUGUGUGUAUCAAAGAAAUAUGGUAUAUAAAAUUUUUCCUAUACCUGAAUUAUUUAUCGUGUAACUAGGAUGAAAAGCAGUGUUUCCCAGAAAUUAAUGCACUAAUUAUAAAUUUAUAUUUUAGGGAGAAUAUUGAACUGUUUUCAAACUUGACAAUUUUUUCUAUGCACGUGAACUAACUUUUCUAAAAAGCUCCUGCAUCUAUCUAUCUUCUCUGAGGAUAAUGUGUCAGUGUAAGUGAGCAGGUACACUCUAUGCUAAUUCGUUGAAAAGUUUUUGUGAAUCAAAGUAAUUUCAGCUGUUGCUGUAUGGCAAGAUUUUAGAUAAAGAUCAAGAGGUAUUAAUAACUGCAUC